GGCGAUCCUACAUCCUGACGACGAGACAGGAAGGAUCCCCACAGUCCCACCACGUACGCUUGUUCCCUAAGCGUAAGAACCAGCAUCAGGGUUCGUUUACAGAUUCCUUCGGUCCAAGUAUAAGAGGGUCGGACCUCCGAUUUUCUGCUCUUCUGGCCCCCAAGUCGGAUAUACCAUAUUCCACAACGUUCCACUCCGAUUACAUAGCGCGAAUACCACACACGCUCCAGCCCACCUUCUCGCUGUCCUCAUCGUACCACGGUUUCCGUUGAUCGGUACCGCGCAUCGCUCCUAGCCGACUAUAUAUAAAAGUCUCUCGGCAUCUCCUCUUACGGUUCACAAGCAUUAAAUCUCCGAUACAACAACCAUCCAACUACUCACUCACACAUCUACAACUUCCAUAAUGGAUAUCGCCACUACUUCCCGCGCUUACUUUGCCAUGCCCUCUCCCACUCCCGAGGAGAAGAUCUCCCUCCAGGCCAGCAACACAGUCUACACCUAUCACUGCCUGUGCAACCACCUCCUACUGGCAACCACCACACCGCUCCCUUCUCUACCCAAACGCCAACAUACACGCGAUGCCGCACAUAUCAUGCCGCUUCCGCCAGCACCCACUUCGGGCCGCAACAAGAACGCGCCGUCGCAGGAUCACUAUGGACUCCUCCUCUCUACCCGACAAGACCGCCAAGCUGAGAUAAUAACCAGCGACGAGGGCUUUGAGAAGCGUUACCUACAGCGUUGUGGACGGUGCAAUCUGGUUGUAGGAUACCAGUUGGACUGGCAACAGUUCUCCGUCGACCGGUCUGGUAGGCGCGAGGAUUACGUCUUCCUUCUCCCAGGCGGUUUCGUCAAGACGAGCGACAUGAUCAUGGGAAAAGCAGCUACCGCAUCGACAUCCGCCUCAGCAGUCGGCGGCGCGGGCAUGGGCACGGUCAGUGUCACCCAAGUCAAAGCGUAGGCGGAUCCGUCCGACCUGCGUCAGCCGUUGAACUCUGGGGCUCCCCGCCUUCCGCAGCUUACUCCACGGGGAAGCAUGCGCAGGUUUCCUCAACAGAACGUUCUUAUGGAAUCAUGAUUACGAUUGCCCUGACGAG